CGUACCAGGAAUUACAAUAAAAACAAGAACCAAGUUGGAAGGAAGUCAGUAGGACAAGCAUCACUGUCUCUCAAUCUCUCUUCGCCUUUCCUCUCGCUCUCUGAGAACCAGGAUCAUCCGCUUAACCGGCGCCUGAGAUCCGAUUUCCCUCGGCUGAAACUUCCAGUGGCCGUCUGUCUGAAUCGAUUGCAUCAUAAUGAAUAUCGGCGAGCUUCUCGGUAUCGAACCACAGGAGCUCCAAUUCCCCUUUGAAUUGAGGAAGCAGAUCUCGUGCUCUAUACAGUUGUCAAAUAAGACCGAUAGUUUUGUGGCUUUCAAGGUUAAGACUACAAAUCCAAAGAAGUAUUGUGUUAGACCAAAUACUGGAGUUGUUUUGCCCAGGUCUACAUGUGAUAUCAUAGUUACAAUGCAAGCACAAAAGGAGAGACCUCCGGACAUGCAAUGCAAAGAUAAAUUUUUACUUCAGAGUGUAAUCACAAGUCCUGGAGCCACUGCAAAGGAUGUAACUCCAGAGAUGUUCAAUAAGGAGGCAGGGCAUAAUGUUGAAGAGUGCAAAUUGAGGGUUGUUUAUGUGGCUCCACCUGGCCCACCAUCACCCGUUCGAGAAGGGUCUGAAGAAGGUUCUUCGCCUAGAGCAUCUGUGUCAGACAAUGGGAAUUUGAGUGCUUCAGAAAUUUCAGCUGCUUCAAGAGCUUUUGUUGAGCAACCUGAGUCACAAGAUAAAUUAACAGAGGCAGCUCUCAUUUCAAAGCUGACUGAAGAGAAAAAUUCUGUUCUUCAGCAAAAUAACAAGCUUCAACAAGAGCUGGAGCUCUUGAGGCGUCAAGCCAACAGAAGCAGCACCAGUAUCCCGUUAAUGUAUAUUGUUGUAGUUGGUGUGGUUGGCAUCAUUUUGGGGUAUCUUAUGAAGAAGAUUUGACCUUUUAAUUUUUGUUCUAUAGAAAUUUGAGAAGGCAGAUGUGAUAGCAGGAACUUGUCUUCAAUGUGUUAGUGGCCUGUAUCAAAACCAGAACAACUUAUCGAAUGUGUGAACUACCGUUAAAAGGUCACCUUUGCCCAUUAAGUUACCAGGUCAAAAAAUCUGUAUUUUUCAAUCGGUGAUGUUUUAACUGAAUUUUUAAGACUUUUCAAUAUGCUGUUGUAGAUGGUAAUGUAAUUUCAGAGGAAAGCUCUAUUAUGAUUCA